CUACUGUAGAGAUGCUGUCCGCAGAGGCUUCUAAUGUAGAGUAGCUGUCCGUAGAGACCACUACUGUAGAGUAACUAGCCUCAGUGGGGCUCAGAUGUCGCCGCUGUUGGCUCAGGGGCCACUGCUGUAAGCUAAACGUUCUCUAAGUUUGCUACUCGGGACUAGAGGCUUCGGAGGCCUUCACUAUAAAGCAGUUGGCCUCAGAGGCACUUAUCUGGAGUAGAUGGUCUCAGAGAUCACUGUUGUAGAGAAGAUGUUUUCAGAUGGCGUUACUGUCUUAAUUGUCUCUACUGCGGUUUAACUGGUCUCCUUUAGCUUAUUAGCGUUUUACAGUCUCAACUGUAAUUUAAUUGCAAGCCUCUUUUUCCCCCUUCAGGCUAAUCGAGAAUAACGUGAUAAAUUAUGCUGUCAAAAAUGACAGGUGGUUUGAACGUCUCUUACAUGUCUUUGAAAGUGAAUGUCGGGAAUGCCUGAGAUCCUGGCAGGUGGUGUAAUUUUUUGUAAGGUUACAGUCUGACCAUAAUUCCACUUAACGGUUCAACGCAACACAGAACGGGUUUCAUAGAAAAAAUCUCGGCCGAAAAUAUGGCCAAAACCCUUGUACAGCGCUAUGAAGCAAUAGUCCGCCUUAUAAAAAUUUGCUCGGCUUUUUGUGAAAAGGAUUGGCCGAAUAUAUUGCAGGUCCUGUGCUGUUUGGGUAGUGCUAUGCAGGGCUAUUGCAAACUUUUAAAUGCCAUAGGGAAUAAGGACAAUAUACGAUAUUUGACGGAUGAACUACGGGAAAUCUAUCGGAAAUAUGAUCUGAAACAUACCGAUUAUCGUUGCUGUCUCCAGAAGAGCAUUAACACGGUGAAUCGAUUCAUCAAAUGUAUGGCCAUUAUCCAUUUCUCCAUUACCAUGAGUUUGAUUGCCGUCGUGCCAUUCCAUCGCGUGGUAUUCAAUGAGCGAAUAUUUGUAAUGCAAUUUUUGCUACCCGGAAUCGACCCGAAUACCGCCUACGGUUACCUCGUGAUGAAUUGUAUGCAUUGCAUUUGUAUUUUGUUCGGAUCAUUUGGAAAUUUCGCAGCUGAUCUGUGCUUUUUCACCAUCGUCAGUCAUGUGCCGUUGUUCAAGGAUCUGCUGAGGUGUAAAUGUCAGGAUCUAAAUGACAUCCUUGAGGGGGGGAAAGAUGUUGAGCAGGAGGGAAUUGGUGAUUGUCAAAUUCUGUUGAAAGAUAUUUUUCAAUGGCAUCAGAAGUAUAUGAUAUACAUUACCACGGUCAAGGACAACUAUUUUUGGGUCCUGAUCAUUGAAAUGGGUACAGUGGCCCUGAGCCUAGCCUCAACACUGUUCUGCUUAAUUUUGGGCACAUGGCCCGGUGGUCUAACAUAUCUUGCCUACUGCCUGAUGAUGUUGUAUAUCUACUGUGGUCUGGGCACACUCGUUGAAGUGACGAAUGAUGGCUUUAUUGAUUCCGGCUACACUGACGUCAUCUGGUACAAACUGCCCAUGGUCGAGCGAAAAAUGAUACAAAUGAUGGUUAUGAUGGCCCAGAAUACUGGCGGUCUUACAAUUGGUUCAGUUGUACCUCUUACCAUGAAUACCGGUCUGCAAUUGACCAAGGCAAUUUAUACCAUGACCAUGAUGUUGAUAAUUUUCUUGAAUAAAAGACAUCAGAAGGUGUCGGUCAAAAUUCGAUUAAUUUUUUUUUUCAAAGGCUAACCAUGAAAGGAGGACUUUUUGUACUGGUUUAAUGAAUUAUUUCUCCGGGUUUUUUUCUCUUCAUUUUUCUAAAAAUCUCUCCCUCUCAAUUAACAUUUUUUUCCUAUUCCUUUAGCCAAAAAAUCUGUAUCCUAAUAUUUUUUGUACAUAUUUUUUUCUUCUUUUGUGAAAUUCCACAACUUUUCAAGUUCAAGGGGAUUACGUGGAAACUGUCUGCACACAAUAGUUGUCCAUAACAUUGAAAAUCCAAUAAACAGAACCGACCAUGUUUAAAGUUCAAAAACUUAAGCCGCUAAAAUGUGUAAAGCGCAACGUAGACAGAAAGGCAGACAAUCGACGAAGAGAUGUAAAAAAGAUUAGUGAAGUUUGGCUGUAAUGCCAUUAGGACGCACAGCUGGGCACAGCCUCAAAGCAAAGGGAAAACAAAGCCCACCAUUGUGUCGUUUCUGGCGAGAUUGCUGUUGAUGCCAAGGAAAAAAUAAAAGCAGAUUACAAAUUGCAUAAAUAAAAUUCAU